UGGAACGUCGCACCAAGUCUUCCAGUCCUCAGUUCCUGGUUCUUGGCAGCGCCAGUCCGCUUCAUGCUCGCCGGAUGCAGAACCUGCGCUAAAGAAUUCAGGAACAAAUAAAAUUAGUGAAAUCAAUGCCAUUGCAAUACUAAAACGCAUCAACAGGUUUGUCAAACGAGAGACUAAAAGACUAUUUCUGAUCGUUCAUUCAGACUUCACAGAGCAAAUGGACUGCUCAAACGACCAACACUUCUUGGAUCAAUUCAAGAAGAAGCGAGUGAAGUUAACCGUAAACGGGGGGUCUUAUGUUGGUACCGUGCAAUGUAUUAACCUCAAUAAAACAAUACUUUUAGAAGAAGUUGUAAAUGCUGAUACUGGAAGGAAGCUGCUGGGACCAACACUUUUCUUGGGUGAAAAAAUCAAGAAUGUUGAGUUACCAUUCUCCAAAAAUUGCAGUGGUCCAGAAAAUGGAGAAAAGUCAGGGAAGUGUGAACCUGUUUCUGAAGAGCUCCAGGUAACCGAUGGUCAGUUGGCAGUCGCAGAGUGUCAGCCCUGCAGAAAAUAUAUAAUUCCAGAUGAUGACAGUGAAUUUGUGCACUAUGUAGUCGUUGAUCAGUUUCUUGAGAAAUUUGGACCUGCUAUAAUGCACAUUAAGAAGCAGCAAGUCAUUGGAGUCGGGGCCAAUGGAAUUGGUCUCUUUCAGCAUGAAAGGCUGUGCUGGAUCCAGAUUGCCACAAAGAACAUGGUGUAUCUCUUUGACAUCCUGAACCUUGGGGCAAAAGCAUUUAAGAAUGGGUUGUCAAUGAUUCUGGAGAAUAACAGCAUAUUGAAGGUUGUUCAUGAUUGUCGGUGCAUCUCGGGCUGCUUGUACCAUCAGUUUGGAGUAACCUUGACAAAUGUUUUUGAUACACAGGUUGCAGAUCUUUUGUACUUCUACGCAGAAACGGGUGGUUUUCUGCCAGAUCGGAUCAGCACACUCCAAGAGUGCAUAAACCUUCACCUGAAAAUGCCGUUCUGUCUCUCCUCCCUGAAGAUUAAAACUGACCUUAACAAGGUAUGGUACAUGCGCCCAUGUCCAGAAGUGUUCUUGAAAGUGAUGGCCCUUUCAGUGACUCACCUGCUCCCCCUGCGCCUGGCCCUGCUGGAUGCCCUGAUGCUCGACUACACUGCCCUGGUGGAUUCCUACUUGGGGGCAUACCGAGACGACCCUAUCAGUGUGCACACAGGCUAUGAGAACACUGGUCUUGAGCUUCCAAAGGAGCUGCAGAAGCUGGAGUCCGUGAAGAAGCAGAGACGGCAGUGGGCUCUGAAGAAGUACGCCAUGAAUGUAGAGGGUCACCUCCUCAGGUCCUGCCCUCAAGUCCCAGAUGAGCCUUCUGAUCACAGCACACAAACACCUGGAGGUGGUGCUCCUGAGGGUCUAGAAAUGGACAGGAUGGGGGUGGGUGAGACAGAAGGCAAGGGGCCAAGAGGACACACAAGAGUAAGAGGUCGAGAAGGGAGUGAGUCCACUCUUGUAGAAGGCUGCUGUGUCUCUGAGACAUCUGAUCAAACAGGAGCUCAAGGUAAAACAGGGUAUAAUAAUGAUGCAGCAGAAGAGAUGUGGGAUAUUUCAGAUUCAAUGAAGAAUCUUUCUUGUUCUGCAAGAUCCAUCCUUUUUCAAGGAAACCCUACGGACGAGAGAUUCCAGAUCCCCAAGGAAAGAGCAAUGGAAGGAGACCUCCCUUUUUUUUUAGAAGAGAGCAGACCAAUACAGAUUGCUGUUGAGAAGCAAUGUGAGAGGUUGGAGGAAGGUUGCAAAGUUAGCACCUCGAAGGAAGAGAAAUCGGCUUUUCCUUACUUAUCCAUCAGAAGGGACCUUCAUUUUCUAAAAUCUGAUGCUUCUGAAGGAGUUAAUAGAGCGAAGAAGCCCCAGCUGAUGGGAAGGAAUUUGGAGAUAUAGCUGCUAUGCAAUACGGGAGAAGAGAGUAGAUCUGCGCUGGUGGACAGGGUUCCAGGUGGGAUUGUACUGCACUGAGGGGAUCCUUGUUUGAAAAUAGCUUUUCAAUUGGAAGAGGCCUGUUUUUUCAGAGGCCCUAGAGUUCCUUUAUGCCACUGUUUAUCCUUCAGCUCACUUAAAAAGAGAACAACUCCACGUCAGGACUCCCUGGACUUCACAUCAGGUUUUUGGUUUUGACUUAAGACUGCAGGGCUUUAUUUAAUCUUUAAUAAAAUGUGAGCAAAAUAAAAAAAAUACUAAUAUAUUGUGAAAGCUCCAUAAUGUACUUGGUAUUCUAAAUUGAA